AUGGAGUCCAAAGUUUCUGUGGAUGAUAAAGCAGAGAAAUGGAUAAAACACUACAGCAGUUCUCACAAGAUUUUGCUUGUCGGGAAGGGAGAUUUCUCCUUUUCAGCAUGCUUAACUGAAGCAUUUGGAUCUGCCUCAAAUAUGGUUGCCACCUUUCUUGACUCUAAAGAGACAUUAGGGGAAAAGCAUCCUACUGCAGUGACCAACCUAAAGAAACUGGAGGACUAUGGGUGCAACAUUGUGCGUGGAUUGGUCGCCUACCCCAUGAGCCAACACCCUCUACUCAAUCUGAAAACAUUCGACAGAAUUGUAUUUAAUUUUCCUCAUGCUGGUUUCCUCUUGUCUAAACACAGCAAGCUCCUAACAAAAGGUGGAGAAGUGCACGUGACUCACAAGACAGCACAUCCUUUCAGUAUGUGGGAGAUAGAGAAGUUAGCAAAGGAGGCUGGGUUGCACUUGGUUGAAGAAGUAUACUUCACCACACGGGAUUACUCGGGUUAUGAAAAUAAAAGAGGAUAUGGGUAUAGAAGCAAUGAUACCUUCCCUGUUAGACAACGCAGUACAUUCAAAUUUUAUAAGCGAUGAUGUCCAGCUAUCUCUCUUUGGCUUAAUUAGUUAUCCUAAUCAAGAUCUCUUUAAGUGAUCAUCAGUAUUAGAGAUGAUUUCACAUCAUGAGCUUUAAAAAAUGGUAAGGGACUCAAAAAGACAAACCGAUAUUAAAAACAAGAAAUUUCAGGUCAAUCAUGGAUCUUAUGCACUAGAUCGAGUAAUUCUACUUGAACUUAAAAUGUUAACUUAAUCAGUAAUUAUUAUUGAUUUAACUGAGAGUCCCAGUAUUUAUUGAAACUCUCUACAUAUUUAAUAAUUGUGAUU